GUAGGAAAAUGAGUGAAAAACUAACUCUUAUAUAACAGAAUGAGGAAAUUUUGAAUGCGUUUGCCAAGGUAAGUACAGUCGAACCUCUCCACAAGGGCCUCCUUGGGGACAGACAAAAGUGGCCUCUGUGGAGAGGUUGCCGUUAUGGGGAGGUAGGGAGUAAUAUGCUAAUACCAAGGGGGCAUUAACGUGUUUUAGCACGUGCUCGUUGAGUUGAGAGCCGCCAUGGUGGUUGCAGAAGUGGAGUUGACAACAAUAAAUGUGAUAAGGAGGUAGCCGUAAAGGGAGAAUCUAUGGACCAAUUUAAGCCCCCAAGGACUUUGUGUUUGGAACGAAAUUAGACGAGAAUUGGAAGCGUUGGAGGCAAUGAGUGGCGACUUUUUGCAUUGCAUUGGGAAAACGGCCCGGAAGUCUGUAACGCCUUUGAAUUUGGAACCAAGGAAGAUAAAAAGAAGCUUAACUUGGUGCUGAAGAAAUUCAAAGAUUAUCGUACUCCUCGGAAAAACACUUCGUGUGAACGAUUCAAAUUCUGGAAUCGGAGUGAACAAGAAGGUGAAACAAUUAAUCAGUUUGUCACAGAGCUCCAGAGAAUGAUUAAAUAUUGUGAGUACACGGCGUCGACUGUUACUAUGGUUCGAGAUCAUCUAGUGUUUGGAAUAAGAGAUGCUAAAGUUCAGGGCCAACUUUUGUGCAUAGAUGUCGAAAUGUUGACGCUUGAGAAGGCCUUGUCUCACUACCUUUCAGCUGAAGUAACUAAGGCCCGGCUAAAGGAAAUAAGAAGCCCGUCGGCAGAAAAGGAAGUUCUGUUCGUGUCAACUGAUCCCUUUAACUGCUCAAGGUGUUGUACUAAACAUCUUCCAAGACAAUGCCCUAACUCCUGAUGGAAGAAAUCAUUUGGCGAAAAUGUGCAGCCAGCGCAGCAGGAAGAUACACACAGUUGUCCCUUUGCCAUGCACAGAUUUUGAACUUUUUGCUGGACGGUUGGAGGUAGAUUUGUUGGAAACCGAGGCCUGGUACAGUAAAAUGGAAGUUGCUGGAGAUAUUAUUAACUUUAAGUUGGACACCGGAUCGGAAACGAAUCUAAAUCUAAAUCUAAAUAUAGUUUUGUCAGCGACAUCCAAGAGAGACAUCACGCUAACUCUAAAACACUAAACAUGAUAAUGAAAGCUAAAAUUACAAAUGAAAACUAGUAUAAGCUGCUAAUAAAAGAUAACCUAAAGGAGGUUACUUUUAAAAAUAGUGAGAGAUUGACUGGUAACAGUUUCUUUCGGCAGUUUGUUCCAUUCAGUUAUUGUCGCGGGGAAAGAAAAUCGUGGACAGACCAACUGAUUGGGUGAAUAGUCUUGUGAUAGCUAGAAAGAAAGAUGGUAAACGCCUUUGUUUGGAUACCCGACACCUAAAAGUGAACACUACAGGAUCCCAACAGCUGAAGACACUGCCUCAAAGUUGGCUGGUAAAAGUGUGUUCUCUAUACUCGGUGAAAAGGAUGGGUUUUGGCACCCAUCCUUUUGGGGGAAGAGAGUUCCCUUUGUAACUUCAACUCCCCUUUUGGACGAUUUGUUUCUAAGGUGCCCCUUUGGUAUUAGCUCGGUCCUCGAGGUCUUUUAAAAACGCAAUGACCAGUUGUUUGGCGACAUUGCGGUAGUCUAUGUGGUGUUUGAUGAUGUGAUUAUUGGUGAAAAGGAUGACACUGAGCGUGAUAGCAUACAGUUUAGGAUUUUGCUAGUGCGAGUAAUGCUCACCCUGCUAAGUUCCAGUUCCUAGUACUCGAGGCUAUGUAUGUUGGCCAAAUGGAGUCUGCGGAGGGCGUAAAACCUGACCCCGACAAGGCGAAAGCGAUCGGAGAAUAUCCUCAACCUAAGACAAAGGAAGAUCUUUGCUGUUUUCUUGGAAUAGCUAACUACCUAGAUGAGUUUAUUUCCAGCAUAGCAGAUGUAUCAGAGCCUUUGAGCGUCCUCCUCAAAAAUGACAGAAUGGCACUGCUGCAGGAUAUAAAACGCUUGCUAACUAAUGCACCCGUCUUAAAACUCUUUGAUUCUCACAAAGAAGUUGUGAUUGAAACUGAUAUUUCAAAGGAUGGCUUAUGUGCUUUUUUGCUUCAGGAGGAUCACCCUCUGGCUUAUGACUCAAGAUCCUGAGUGCUUCUGAACAGGACCUAUACACAAAUGAAAAAAGAACUUAUGGCUAUUGUUUUUGCUUGUGAAAAGUUCCACCAGUAUGUCUAUGGGCAGCCAUUCAAAGUUGUUGAAUAUCAUGAUCCAUUAGAAGCACUCACGAAGAAGAAUCUCAACCAGAUAUCACCAAGGCUUCAGAGGAUGGUUUGAGACUCCAGAAGUAUUCCCGAGAUAUCACGUACAGACCUGGGCCAAAUAUUCCCGUUAAACAUGCAUUACCUAUUGUUAACCUGUUCAAUAAGUCUCUUGAUGAAGAUCGCCAGUCAGAUAUGGAAGUUCUGUUGCAUAGCCUUGUGAAGAGUUUCCCUCUAAGUCACAGAUGCAAAUAGCUACCUCAGAGACCUCCAACUUCUGCAGCAACUGAGACUGGAGAAGAGUCCCGGAGGAAGUGCGACCCUACGGGAAUGUCCGAGAUCAAGAGUAUGAAGGAGACGACCUUAUAUCUCUAGAAGUGAAAUAGCUAUUCCCACCAAGGCUCUGGAAGAAUAUGCUGAACCUGGUACAUGGGAGUCAUCAAGUAACCGAGAAAAGCAAAGCACAUGCACGUGAAGUGAUGUACUGGUCUGGUAUGACAGAGGACAUUGAGAAUACAGUGAUUCGUUGUAGUAAAUGUGCUGAGUGGCGUAUAAAUAAUCAGAAGGAGCCCCUUAUUCCUCACGAAGUUCCUAUUAGUCCAUGGCAAAAGCUUGGAGCAGAUUUGUUUGUGUUUAGAGGACAAACUUACCUCUGUGUUGUGGAUUAUUUCUCCAAGUUUCCUGAAAUCAGCCUACUUCAAACCAAGAUAGCCUCUUCGGUAAUAACUCAUUUAAAGUAAAUUUCUGCCCAACAUGGAGUACCUGAUGAAUUGAGGCAAACACUAUUGCAUUUGCAAGCCGUAAACUGCAAAAUCUUGUAUCUUCAUGGGGAUUUAGAAUUACUACCUUUAGUUCGCGCUAUCCCCAGUCUAACGAAAUGAGCGAGAGAACGAUAGGAACUAUCAAGUAACUCUUAAUGAAAGAGGAGGAUCCCUAUAUCGCCCUAUCAGAGUAACGAAAUACCUCUGUCAGUGUUAUUGGCCUUUCACCCUCACAUAUGUUAGACAGUCGAAGACUUAAGUCCGAAUUACCCACCAUUGCUGAGCUUCUUUAGCCAAGGGUAGAGUUGGAUGCACGUGAGAAAGUAUUGGCUGCACAGGAAAGUACUAUGAUCCCCAUGCGAGGCCAGUAAAAGGUUUAGAGCUGGAAAAGAGAUCAGGAGAGAACGAAAAUGGCUCCUGAGCACCAGCAGUUGUCACUUAUAAAUAGUGUAUCGCCCACUCGGGAACACUCUGCGUAGAAACAGGUACCACCUAAUGAAAGAACCUGAAGCUAGCUCAUCAUUGGAGAAUGAAGAAGAAUAUACGCCAUCAGCGACAGUAAGUUCUGAACGCAAAACGGUGAAACCUCCUUGUGACCAACAGCAGCCUGGGGCAGUCUCAGAGCUUUCUUCCCUUCCUUGUCUCCUGGAAGGAGCUUACGAGUCACCAGGAAUGGCCUAACUGUCAAGCCUCCUGACAGGCUUGAUUUAUAUAUAUAUUUUCUUAGGUUUUGUACAAAUAUUGACAUAAACUGUUGCUCAGCACUUUCAUUGUUUGUCCCCUCUGCCGUUCUAUUUAUUUCAAUGGGGAGGUGUCAUGUAUGGUAAUUAGGUCACGUGAUGUAGCAUGUGCUCCUUGAGUUAAGAGCAGCCAUGUUGAUUGUAGAAGUAGAGUUGACAACAGUAAACAUGAUAGUACAUUCUUUGAUUAAAAGAAAGCCUGGAAAAAACUCAGGCUCCAGUACAGGCCUGAAUUUUUUUCAGGCUUUCUUUUCCUAACUGCACAAGUUGCGUCUAUCGCUGCGAUGAUCAUCGUUCCUUUAAUUCUUCACCCGGCAGUUCACGUAUAUGAUUAUCAUAUAUUCAUAACUUCACAUUCUUUAAUUGUCGACAUCAAAGAAAUACAAGUAUGACACCCAUGUCCACUGAACGAUGCUGAAGGAAGGUAGUUUUGUGAUAAUUGAGAAAAGUAUAGGAGUAAAGGUACUCUUUUUCCAACCUCUUUUUCUAACCCUAACCUCAAAGGUAAAGUAUCGGCUGAAUAGAGCUCUGAGUGGAGGCAACGAAGGCAAACAAAAAAGGCAAGCCACAAACAAACAUUCCUAGGCAACUUACCUACUGUACCUCUUGGUUUGAUGUUAUCUUAUUAUCCACAUUUUUUACACCAGCAAAAGAUUGCGGUGCUGUUAAAACUCCAAGCAAUGGAUCUUUAGCUGGCAAUCUGACUACAUAUCCUCACAAGCUGCAAUUUAUGUGUGAUGAAGGCUUUAAUCUGCGAGGAUCGAAAACAAGACAGUGUCUGUCAACUGGGAAUUGGAGCGGAAACGAAAGUUUCUGUGAAGGUACUAUACAAAAAAAUAUGUCGAAAAUGUGGCAAGUGAUUUGAGAUCAGUUUAGUGUGAUAGCUGCAAUUAUUUUCACUUUCGUAGCUGUAAACUGUGGUGGUUUGUCUUCUCCCAUGAACGGUUCUAUAUCUGGUAAUCUGACGGUAUACCCAAAUACUGUCACGUUCAGCUGUGACCCAGGAUUUAUUCUACGUGGUUCCUCAGUACGAAAAUGCCAGUCUAAUGGAACAUGGGACGGUUAUAAGACGAUUUGCGAAGGUACAAUUUUUAAAUAAUUCGGGGGACAGUCUUUUAUUGGAAUGUUGUUUGUUGGAGUUUUAAGUAAGAAUUGAAAGAGUCUUAGGCAUUAUCUACUGCAGCAGGUGUUGAGUGUGAUUUUAACUUGAUAUGAUCUACAUUCUUUCAAUAGCAAAAGACUGCGGCGCUCUUAAAACUCCAAGCAAUGGAUCUCUAAUUGGCAAUCUGACUACAUUUCCGAAUAAGGUGCAGUUUAUGUGUGAUGAAGGCUUUAUUCUGCGGGGAUCAAAAAUAAGACAGUGUCUGUCAACUGGCAGUUGGAGUGGAAACGGCACUUCCUGUGAUCGUAAGUAGAUACUUGUGAGGCAAUUGUUUGAUGCAUCUAACAAACAGCUUUUGACCAAUUUGGAGAGGUGUUUUGAGAAAGUUUUGGUAAUUGUUGGAAUUAUUAUUACUUUUUAGCUGUAAACUGUGGCGGUGUAUAUUCUCCCACGAACGGCUCUUUAUCUGGUAAUCUGACGGUAUACCCGAAUAUUGUCACAUUCAGCUGUGACCCGGGAUUUAUUCUACGCGGUUCCUCUAUACGAAAGUGCCAGUCUAAUGGAACAUGGGAUGGUAAUGAGACGGUUUGCCAAGGUACAAUGCGUAAGGCCUCCAGAGGACAGAUUCUUGUAAAUGUUAUAAUACUAUUCUUGCAAUAGCCUUUCUAUCUGACUCAAGCUUUGACGAAAAUAUAAUUCUUAGUCUAAGUUAACUGGGAGCUUUUCCUAUUCGUACAGAUUUUCCUAAAAUAUUUGGCAAUAUCUCCGUGUCUCAACCAAAAAAUAAAGAAACGUUAAGCCAAACACUCUCAGACAUCACAUCAUCUGCACGUCUCGGGUAUGAUCCUAACUUGAAAUAAUGUACAUUGUUUCAACAGCGAAAAAUUGCAGCCCUCUUAAAACUCCAAACAAUGGAUCUUUAGUUGGCAAUCUGACUACAUAUCCAAACAAGGUGAAAUUUAUCUGUGAUGAAGGCUUUAAUCUGAGAGGAUCAAAUAUAAGGCAGUGUCUUUCAACUGGAAAUUGGAGUGGAAACGAAAGUUUCUGUGAAGGUACGAAGAAAUAUGUCGUGAAUUUGAUGGAUUGUACGCAACAUCCCUUGAGAUUUGUUUUGAGAUAGUUUUGGUAAUUGUUGGAUUUAUUUUUACGAUUGUAGCUGUAAACUGUGGUGGUCUAUCUUCUCCCAUGAACGGCUCUAUAUCUGGUAAUCUGACAGUAUACCCGAAUAUUGUCACAUUCAGCUGUGACCCAGGAUUUAUUCUACGUGGUUUCUCAUUACGAAAGUGCCAGUCUAAUGGAACAUGGGAUGGUUAUGAAACGAUUUGCGAAGGUACAAUUUUUAAAUAAUCCAGGGGACAGUCUUCAGUUCGAUUGCGCGCCCUACUUUUGGCCUUGCGCACAUUUUAUUUUUGUUCCGUUUGUUUUUGUUUUGUUUGAAAUAUAUUGAAAUGUUCUUUGUUGGAGUUUUAAGUAAGAAUUGAAAGAGUCUUAGGCAUUAUCUACUGCAGCACGUCUUGCGUGUGAUCUUAACUUGAUAUAAUCUACAUUCUUUCAACAGUAAAAGAUUGCAGCGCUCUUAAAACUCCAAGCAAUGGAUCUUUAAUUGGUAAUCUGACUACAUUUCCGAACAAGGUGCAGUUUAUGUGUGAUGAGGGCUUUAUUCUGCGAGGAUCGAAAAUAAGACAGUGUCUGUCAACUGGGAGUUGGAGGGGAAACGGUACAACCUGUGAUCGUAAGUAGAUAGUUGUGAGGCAAUUGUUUGAUACAUCUAACAAACAGCUCUUGAACAAUUUGGAGAGGUGUUCUGAGAAAGUUUUGGUAAUUAACUGGAAUAUCUUUUUUACCUUUUUAGCUGUAAACUGUGGUGGUCUAUCUUCUCCCAUGAACGGCUCUAUAUCUGGUAAUCGGACAGUAUACCCGAAUAUUGUCACAUUCAGCUGUGACCAAGGUUUUAUUCUACGUGGUUCCUCUGUAAGAAAGUGCCAGUCUAAUGGAACAUGGGAUGGUUAUGAGACGGUGUGUGAAGGUACAAUGUGCUAAGCGUCCAGAGGACAGAUUCCUAAUGUUAUAGGGCCACCCCUGUGAAAGCUUUGCCUUCUGUCUCAAGCUUUGGAGAAAAUAUUUUUCUUAGUCUGAGUUACUUGGGAUUUUUUCGAUUCUGGAGAUUUUUGCUUAACUUUGCAAGAUCUUCUUCAUUCUUACAAUACUUUGUUCUGUCCUUUGAAAUGGCACUGCAAUAAUCAACGCACGGGGUGGGGGACAGUCGAUAAACGGCAUAUUGUUUCAAUGCAUUCUGUAAUUUUUUGACAUAACGCCGACAGAAUCAUGAAGCCCAUUUCCAUUGAAUGAUUUUGCUUCUGCUGCAGGGUAGGAACAGGUAAUGAGAGGAAAAUGUAUUAAUUUGAGUGAAGGGACCCUUUUUUCCCCAACCUGUCAGAAAACUAUUGUUAGUUGAGUUUUAAACUCAAAUAGAUUAAAGUAUCAGCUGCGUAGAAGUUUUAGUGAAGACAACAGUUUUACUCGAAUUCUCAACUAAAAAAAACGAAAAGUCAAAUCAAAGAGUCUCAGGCAUCACAUCUACUGCAGCACGUCUUGAUAUAAUCCGCUUUUUUUUCAACAGCCAAAGAUUGUGGCGCUCUUAAAUCUCCGAGCAAUGGAUCUUUAGUUGGUAAUCUGACUACGUAUCCAUACAUGGUACAAUUUGUGUGUGAUGAAGGCUUUAAACUGCGGGGAUCAAAAACAAGACAGUGUCUGUCCACUGGUAAUUGGAGUGGGAAUGAAAGUUUCUGUGAAGGUACAACGAAAUGUGGCGAGAAUGUGAUUUAUCGUAAGCAACUGAGCCCUUAGAAAUUGUUUUGAGAUAAUUUUAGUAAUUGUUGGAUUUAUUUUUACUUUUGUAGCUGUAAACUGUGAUGGUCUAUCUUCUCCCAUGAACGGCUCUAUAUCUGGUAAUCUGACAGUAUAUCCGAAUAGUAUCACAUUCAGCUGUGACCCAGGAUUUAUUCUACGUGGUUCCUCCGUACGAAAGUGCCAGUCUAAUGGCACAUGGGAUGGUUAUAAGACGAUUUGUGAAGGUACAAUUUGUAAAAACUCAAGUGGACAGUCUCCAAGUCGAUUGCCUGACCUACUUUUGGCCUUGCUUUCAUUUUAGUUUGUUAUUUUUUUUUUUUUGCUAAGUUGAUUUUUGUGAUGUUUGAAAUGUAAUGAAUUGUCAUCAGUGAGAGUUUUAAUAAGAUGUGAAUAGAUCAACACAAUAAAAGACUGAAACGGUUUGAGCUAUACUUGUACACGUUUUAACGGUACGUUGUGUCUUUUUUUAGCAAAUAUAGCCGUUUUUAUUUGAGUUGAAUCCUGACGUUCUUUGUCAGUGGGUGGUAAUGCCUAAUUCCUUACCAUAAUAUCAACUUGGUAUUUCCUGGAAAGUAAACUUUCAUUUCAUGAUAGCAAACACACGGGCGGACGGUCGAUCAACAGCAUAAUUUAUUUCUUCUUUUUGCACAAAUGAGUUUUGUAUCGAAUUUGUUAACUGUCCACCGAGGUAGAGAAAAUAAUGACAACCAGUCUCAGUAAGUAGUUUGAUGUUUCUGCAGCCAUAGGUUGUAGACGAGUAGUUUGUCCAAUGAUGAUUAGAUAGAUUUAUUUAUCAAAUGAUGGGGUUCUGUAUUUCAGCAUUUAAAAGUAAUGGGAUGGAGAACAUUGGACUCCUUAAACCCCAUGGCUUAAAACAUCAGGAAAAUGGGGCAUGCCGAAGAGUGGAUAGUGUUUCUCCAUUUCCCUUUAAACUGAACUAAAAGGCCUAAGGCAACGAAAAGAGAUAAAAAUAAAGUAAGCUCUAGUAUUGUAUGCCGGUGUUUCUUAUAAUGUUAACCAAUUUUCACCAGUAUUAUUAUUUUUUCAACAGCAAAAGAUUGUAGCGCACUUAACACUCCAAGCAAUGGAAGUCUAGUUGGUAAUUUGACUACAUAUCCACACAAAGUGCAAUUCAUGUGUGACGAAGGCUUUAAGCUGCAAGGAUCGAAAAUAAGACAGUGUCUGUCAACUGGGAAUUGGAGUGGAACCGAUACUUUAUGUGAUCGUAAGUAGAUCGUUGUAAGACAAGUGUUUGAUAGUCUAACAAAGAGCUCUUGUCCAAUUUUGAGGAGUGUUUUGAGAAAAUUUGAGUAAUUGUUGGAAUUAUUUUUACUCUUGUAGCUGUAAACUGUGGUGGUCUAUCGUCUCCCAUGAACGGCUCUAUAUUUGGUAAUCUGACGGUAUACCCGAGUAUUGUCACAUUCAGCUGUGACUCAGGAUUUAUUCUUCGUGGUUCCUCUGUGCGAAAGUGUCAGUCUAAUGGAACAUGGGAUGGUUACGAGACGACUUGUGAAGGUAAAUAAACACACGCCCCAGACCCGACGUGGACAAAAAGGCAAAAAUUAAAGAUGAAAUAUUGUGUAAAUGCUGUCAUAUUUCUAUCUUAUCAAAUAUUCCUGGAGAUUUUAAAGUUCUGCCAUGCAUGCCGACCUGUCUGUAUUAGUCUCAAACCCACUGGUAAAGUACACUAGUAGGUAAUAUUCUAUAUGUCAAAACUUCUCUCGGGAAUGCCUUUCCCGGAGAAGCUUUUUAACCUUUUUUUUUCAUAUGGGAAGCUAGCGGCGUGACCCAACAGCGCUUCCUGUUCUUGAUGAUUUUUAUGGUCUUUAAGAUAUCUUUGGACUUAACAAGAUCUAUAAAGAGCUGAUUUGCCCGGCUUUCUGGAUACUUCUCGGGAUAUCGCAUUGUUUAUAAAUUUUUAUUUGAUUUCUCUUGUUCUCUUCAUCCAAAAACAUUAUACGCACUGUUGUCUCUUUAUCUAACUUGCUAUCUUUGGUGUCGAUUGUAGCAGUCUACUCUCUUUACCUUAUGAUGUAUACGUUUGUAAAAAGUUGUUUUUUCUUACUGGAUUUUACUCCGAAGACCCAUUUAUUUUGACAGACUGCUGUAGGUAGAUAACAGGCGUUAGAAAAAGAAAAAGUCGAAAAAGUCGCCAGCGCUAUAGGAACAAAUCGAAAAGAAUAAAGAGAAAACAAGCCAAAAAAAAAUGAUUAAAAGGCAAAAGCAACAACAAACAAACGAACAUAAAGGUUCAGUAGAGAGUAGAACCCUAGUGGCUCUCCUGUCUUGUGGACUCCUAGACAACUUCGCACGUCAAGGAUUUUUCGUGGAAAUUCAAGAACAUAAAAACAAUUAUUAGAAGUACAUUAAGUUUAAGUGUUGCAUACUACCUUAACUGCAGAAAUAUGCUUUUUAUUCAACAGUAAAAGAUUGUGGUGCUCUUAAAGCUCCAGUCAAUGGAUCUUUAGUUGGUAAUCUAACUACAUACCCGCACAAGGUGCAAUCUAUGUGUGACGAAGGCUUUAAUCUACGAGGAUCGAAAAUAAGACAGUGUCUGUCAACCGGGAAUUGGAGUGGACAGGAAUCUUUCUGCGAAGGUAUAGACAGGGUUAUCACGAAAGUCUUAGUUUGAUUAUGUGUGUAAAAAUAAUCAACAAAAGAAAACAAAGGACAUAUAGCGAGUGACGUCAAAUUUUACCUAAUCUUCAGUGUUAUUCGUUCCUGCAAAAUUUUGCUCUCCUGCUGAAUACUGUUUUUAGUAGUAAAUAAUGUUACUUUCUAUACACCUUCUUCUUCUUCUUCUUCUUCUUCUUCUUCUUCUUCUUCUUCUUCUUCUUCCAUUGCUUGGCUCCAUCUAUAAAGAUGAUUCUUCCAUUCUUCACCUUAUUUGAUUUCCCUGUGUAGAAAUUCAAAGAAUGGAAAGUGAAGCCGGCCGUUUUGAUUUUGAUGAUGAUAUCUUAAAUAUAAUACUAAUGUAAUGGCAGGUUUUCCUGUUCACUGUUCUGUAAGCUUCUUUUGGUAAGAUAUAUCCUGUUUAGUCUCGCAUGCUUUUGCAGCGAAACUCUAAAAGUUUUCGUGUGUGCACGCCAGAAAGAUCAUGGUCCCGACUAUCCUAACAGAGAUCGUGGAGACUGGGGAUAAGAAUCGCGGCGUGACGUAGAGUGACAUGCAUAUGUUUUGUGAAGAAAGUUAAUAGGAGAGAUUAAGAGAUUUUCCGGAACGGGACAGACCACCAACUUUAUCACUUGAAAGCGUUGAUUGCUUUGGAAUAACUGAAUACUUCAGUGGUCGAAAAAAAAAGAAGAGUCUUGAUGCGCAAAACUUCGACGGUGAGGCUAACCUGGUCGGGUGCCGUAAACUUUUAUUGUACGCAAAUGAGUCUUGUGAUGAGCGUGCGGGUCUAUUUGGGCGAUGAUUGAAAUGACGCACCAUGUUCAUCGCGUUUUCGUUCUUUGGCAAUGAUGUAAUUUUUCUUGAAUGGAGGCUCUUGAUUUUUGUUUACGUAUUUAUACACGCGUACUCAAUUAAUCCAGAAACAAAUCGUUGAAUGCGAUAUAAAAAGCAAAUAUCCUGAAGAAUACUCGACCGUCGAUAAAGAAGGACGUGAUUUGAAAAGAACUUGGCUAUAAGGAGAACAUUUUGAGAAUGACCUCUCCUCUGUACAUUCAAUAAAUUCUGUUUUUGCAAUACAUGUAGAGGUCUAUGGAGAUGAAAUGCUGUAUGCAGCCCACUUCAAAGAUUAACACUUGUUCCUGUGUCACGUUUACAAGUCUAGGCAACCAUUAUUCUCCUAGCCUUUGGCUGACAUUUGAAAGGGCUCUCGAGACUGACGCGAUGAGCCGCGCCAGAGAGCUCAGUCGGUAAGAUCUAAUCUAGAGGUCAUGGUUUCAACCCUCGUCAUGGUCAAAAACAGUUUCCUUAAUUCCAGAUCUCACUUCCCUUAUAGAACUUGCAGUUUAGAUGGAUUUGUCACAUCUUAGUACUCACAAUGGUUAAUUUCACUUAUGUAUUUUGAUCCUAGUCUAGUCUUCUUUUCUCUAGUGGUUGACUGUGGUCCCAUAACUGUCCCUGUGUAUGCCAUAUAUCACGGAAACUCCACAAAAUACUUAAGUGUUAUAACAUUUAGCUGCAAGGAAGGAUUUUUUCUCUACGGUGAAGCUAGUCGAAUGUGUCAAGCAGAUGGAAAGUGGUCAAGUGUGAAUAUGUCCUGUCGAGGUAGUACGGAGUUAUUAUUUUUUUUAUUGUAAUAGUUCACUUCGAGAACAUGUGUUAAAACUAAUAAUAAACACUACAAACGACUUACUGGUAGUAUGAAGCAAUUCUGUAACAGUCAGUUCAGAAACAAGUAAAUAAAAGCGUCAUCGUAAUGUCCAUAUCAAGACUAUGUAAGUAACAAAUUAGGCGUGUGUUGAUGGUCUAUUGAUGCUCUUUGUUUGACAAAACGGCGACUUUUUAUCUAUUUUAUUUACUUGUCCUGUUUCUUUUUCACUAAAUCAUUAUUGAUCCUCAAUUCAGAAACUUUAAUAACUCCGCGCUAACCAGCCAAGAAAAAAUAGAUUGAUUUAUUAAGCACGUUACAAAAUAAUCGAGAUCUAAAUUAGCUUAAAUUUAACGUAAAUAUAACCCGCGUUUACAUAAAAUAUAGAAUAUAUGUUGUAGGACAGGACUGUGGAAAGCUGGCGCCUCCAGAACACGGCUGGAUCUUUGGAGCCAAGACAACGCAUCCCAAUAGCGUGUUCUUUAACUGUGGAGCUGGUUACACACUCGUCGGAUCUUCAAAGAGAACCUGCCUCAUAAAUGGGUCAUGGAGCGGACAACAACCACAGUGUCUUGGUAAUAAAAAAAAUGUCGUUUUUAGUUUUCGGUCAUAGAUCAACAAUUCAUCUGAUACUACAAUCAAUGCUGAUAACAAAACCAGUCAGUACUCAAUAACUCUCUCUUUUGGUUUGUUUGUUUGUUUGUUUGUUUGUUAUUGUUGUUCUUUUUGUUGUCUCUGUUUAGGAAAACUUUUGAUAAUAUACUUUUUCAAUUUUGAGAUUAGGCCAGGUCAGGUGUGCCAACUUUUUUUAGCCACGUGGGUCUUCGUUUGCACUCUUAAAAUCUCUAUCCGGCUUAAAAGUAGUUUUAGUUGUUGUUAAAAUAAAGAAACUUGACACAUCAGAAACUUUGCCUGUGACUUUUUAAAAAAGAAAAUGUAUUCGCACCCUGUAUUUGUGUCCUCAUUGUUAUUGCAAAAGGUGUAGCGAUAUUUCAUCUAACCUUCCUCGUGUAGUUUUCUCACUGAGCUGUGUUUGAUAUCCUUCAUUGAACAGCACACUGGUGUAAUGGCAUGCCAGAAAUUCCAGCGUUUGCUUACCAGACGUUGGGAGAUGGUAGACUUCGGUAUGAAGACGGUGAACGCAUUUACUACAGUUGUAAACCAGGAUAUAUUAUGGUGGGUACUCCGGAGAGGCAAUGCGUCUCGGGUCAGUGGUCUCCAGUCACUUUUAACUGUACUGGUAAGUAGGGUAGGGUGAGGAGAAAGGAAGGGAGGGGAUUCUAGUGCGAAUUAUAGGGUAGGACAAGUGUUACAAUGCUUUCAAAAGCGCACCUGUGCACGUCAUAUGUAUAUUUUUUCUAUGGUUAGAAUUUGUGGGAAGAGUAACUUCUGGUUUCCACCUGCGAAUGUCAUGAUCACUCAGCGAACAAAGUUAGUAGAAUGCACAGUUUCAGAAAGUCUGAAAUUCAGCAGGAUUAACCAAUCACAAUGCUUAUUCGCUGUCACCCUAAAUUUUAGCGCAAACUAAAACAUACAAGACGAUUGUCGUGAAACAGACUGACUUUUUACUUGGCUUACUUCAAAUUCUCUUUGCCUUGGACGCGUUACGGAAACGAGAGAUCAAGUUUUAAAGUUAAUUUAGUUAUGAUAUGGAGCUCCGUUUUAUGGUAACGUGCGUUUUAAAAGAUUUAAAUACUCUCUACCUUUUAAAAGCUUUUGCAGUAUUCAAUAACGCGCCCUUUUCAUUUAAGGCUCCCCACGUUAUUGUUGUAUUGUCAAAUCUGUAUUCAGGAGACCUGAAUGACAGAGUGCCUUGUUUGUUUGUUUGUUUGUUUAUUUUUCUUUUUUCAUUUCUUUGACUCUGAAAAUAGAGCUGAAUCGAAAAAGAUUCCCAUAUGAAAGCCUAAAGCGUUCACGUUUGGGAUAUCAUCAAUUCAGCUUAUAAGUUGUUUUACGCGAGAUAUUUCGACCCUUAGCGACGAACUUUUGCCUUUGCUCACAUUAUCUUAUUGCCAUGAAAUGAGCGGUCUGCAGGCAAUGAAUAAUUUCACCCCUUCUAAUGACAACCUUUCUCGGACAGCUGUAUUUUAAGAGUUUUUUCCCAAUCAGUUUUGCUAUAUUUUAUUCCCUUUUAAUUCGUUUCUGUGUAAUUUCACAAUGUAACAUUCUUUUAAGCAAUAUUUUUAAUAUUUUAAACAUUUCUUGUAAAGCGCCAUUGGGUAUCACUGGAAGUGGCGCUAUAAGAAUAAAUUAUUAUUAUUGUUACUAUUAUUAUUAUUAUUAUUAUUAUUAUUAUUAUUAUCUAUUUUUAUGGUAUUUUGUUGAUCAUGUACAUACCUUAUAAAGUGUUAGAUUGUAUACAUCUUUAUCUCCCAGGGUGGGCUACCCUGGCUAGAUUAAGUGAAUUGGAUUAUGACGUAUCUACUUAGAAGAGUAUCACGAACCAGUUUUGUGCACUUUCAACAGGUUUAUUCGGUAAACUGUAAUCUUCUCUGAACACACUUGAAACACUGAAGACUCCGAGAGACAGAUAGAGACAGUCACAAAAACAUGGUUACAUUUUCUGCUCUAUCUUGAUGUUGUCCUCGUCUAAUACCGCGUGGCCGCUUAUAUACCUAAAAAUGUCCUCGUGGGAGUUAAUUAACACUAUGUAAUAACCGCUAUUUUAACAUGUCCACGCAGUAACGCUCUUACUAGCUUCGGGCGGAGUGUAAAACAUAAAGUUACUUACCUACUUACUAAGUCAUAGUCGGCGCAGCCUUUAGCGGAAUCACAACUCUGACCUCUUCCGUAAUAAAUUUAUUUAGCCUAUUUGAAACAUUCUUACGCCAAUUUUCCCUAUUUUAGAGCCGAGCUGCAAUGCUCCUAAAGCCCCCAAAUUGUCAUACGUCACUCACGGGCGUGGCUCACAGAGCAAAUAUUUGAAUGGCGAGAAAGUCUACUACAGCUGCCAAUCAGGUUACAAACUAGUGGGUAUUCCUCUUGUGGAGUGCCGAAAUGGUGUCUGGAGAGUUCCAAAAUUCCGUUGCCAAGGUAGCGUUUCUUCUCAUUAAUUAUUUAUUUAAUAACCUGAUAAAUAUUAGUAAAGGGGUUAGUCUCUUUUGAAACUGCAUGCUUUACUGCUUAGCUACUGUAGACUGUUUGAAGCAAAAUUGAAGUUUUAUCAAUAGAAUCGAGUCUGUUUUUUGAUCGUGGAGUUCAAUUCUUUACUAUCUCAACUAGUUCGCACAUCAAAACUCAAAGAGCGCAAAAACACAAAACUGAUCUGUGUUUUGGAUUAUUAUUCAUAUUCUCAUACAUAUGUAGCUUUUGAUAUCAGGUUUAUGUUAUUCCUCGAUGAGUCGUUUUAACAUUACCAUGCAACUGUUGGGUUUGGAAUUAAUAUCAACAUAUUUCUUUCAUUCCCUUAAUUUCGCUUAUUUCUUAUAUUAGCUGUUUCAUGUGGCGGUCUUUCAACACCGUUAAAUGGAUUCAUUCGAAGGAGUACAGGAACAACCUAUAACGCGCUGUUUGUGUUCGGGUGUAAUAAGGAUCAAGGUUAUCUCUUGAGGGGUUCUGCAGAGAGAAGAUGUCUUGCAAACGCAACCUGGAGUGGAAAUCAACCCACAUGUUACCGUGAGUAAGCUUGCAUAAGUUAUAUGCUAUUCAGUUUACGCGCCAUCCUGGAGUAGAAGUAGAAUGAGACAAGAAUUCGUUAGAAACAUAAUAUCGCUUUCUUUUUUUAAAAUAUAAGCUCUUUGAGUCUGAGUAAUGUAGCCGUCAAAAUCCGGGCACUAUCAACGUAUAAUACACAAAACUAACGUACACUACACAAAAUCCGGGCACUAACGUAUACCGACAGCAAAUCAACGAGGGUAGGGUAACAAAAUGCGUUUUCUGACUUAAUGUAAGUAGAUAGAAAAGUAGAAGAUGUCUCAUUUAUGAGCAGUAACUAAGCAUUCAAUUGACCACUCGAUACUGACUAGAAUUAGCCACGGUAAAUUAGCGAAACCGUACUGUCAAAACCCUCUUUACUGUGACCAGUUUAGCCAGAACGGGCUUCUCGGUUUGGACAGUAUUCUUAGUCCCUGGGGAAAGUCCUCACAUUGCCUUAACAUGGGUACUUAGGUGAUUACAGAAAAUACAGUUUACUAACGUUUCUUAGGAUGUUGUCAUGUCGUUUUCGUCUUUCUUUCUUGUUUUUUUUUUUUCAGUGCAAAGAUGCGCCACUCCUGAUGAGCCCAGUUUCGGUAAAGUGGCUUUCAGGUCUGAAAACAAUUAUUCCUUUGGUGAUACAGUUCAAUAUAAGUGUAACUAUCAAUUCUCUCUUCGUGGCCACAAAACAACGAGGUGCCAGAUUUAUGGAAAUUGGAGCAAUCCGGUCCCUGAAUGCAUUAGUAAGUUAACAUAUUUCGAUUACAUUUAUAGCUACGUGCAAACGGACGGCCAACAGUGUUGGGAGUCGUUGGGUCCGUUUAAUGGUUUUCAUGCCCAACGACAUGUAACAACAUGCAACCAGGUGUGCAACGGACCCAACAUGUAACAUUCAAAAAUGUUGGGUCCGUUUGUACGGGGCCUUUAUUUUCAUGGCACUUUUGAGUAAAAGGAUCUAAAAUCAAAGCUUUGCUUUGCGGACAAGCCCAGAAAUUUUGGUUUUUGAUUAAUACACAUUUCAAACUAUAUUAGCAGUGUCUCAAUUGCGUUAUGUUGUCACUAUAGUGACGAUCUACUACAUUACGAGACUGACAAGAAGAAUUUUUGUAUUUUAACUGUGACGAGCCACCUUAAUAAUCGGCUCAAUAGGUACAGGCGUCUGUCUAUUUUGUUGUCCUAUUCUAAUUAGCUCAACAAGAAUUUGUUCAUAAUCUCCAAAAACAGAACGGGGGACUCGACCUACGUGCAGUCAAUCUUGCAAUUCCAACAGCAAAUGAGUUUCUGUAUUUUUGUUUCGUCAGUCGUCUCCAAGAGUAUGUUUCAUGUCUCUAGAAUCUCUGUCGUUAGUGUUGUUAAAAUGCAAGCUCUAGCCACGCACAGAACUGAAAAGAUCGGCCUGUCAUUUUCCUUGAUUGUUGAGUCGGUUUUAUAUAUCAACUGCUUCUUGAGAACUAAAACACUAAUUCGUCUCUUUGACAGGAUGUUCUUCGUCUCUUGGUUUGAAAAACAGAAUGAUAUUCAGCAGCCAGCUGUCUGCAUCCUCCUCAAGGGAUUCCCGUCAUAGUCCAAGAUAUGGCCGUCUCUAUGGCAACCGCGCUUGGUGUUCGGCUAGAAGCAGUUUGCCAAAAUAUUUCCAGGUUCUUAGAAUUCCUUAUUUUUAACUAAAUUUAUUUCUGAAAGAAAAAAUUGGUUCCAUGUGGAAAGUCAUCGAUUUAUUGCAGACAGAGCUCUCUCAAAACAAAUAAACAAAUAAAUAAAUAAACAAAAACACCUUUCAUCGACAUCAAUAAGACGUGAUAAAUGUGUAAAUUAACAGUUAAUGAAUGAGGCUGAGUAUCUUAUGAAGAAUUAUGGAGAUCGAGUGGGGUGUUAUCCGUCGAGGCCGUAGGCCGAGGCGGAUAACACCCUCCGAGAUCUCCAUAAUUCUUCAUUUGAUACGAAAGCCGAAUUCAAUAACUGUUUUAUUAUUUAUUCAAAAUAAUUCCUAGUUUAAAAACAUAGCUAAAACAUGCUUACCUCCAUCGAUCCAUCGAUGUUCAGUUCAUCGUCGAUAGUGUACGUUUAGGUUAAUCCAGCUCCGCAAAUAUUCUCCAAAUAGCAGAUGUCGCCUUUCGAGUUCAGGGCUCGAAAUAAUUUUCGGAUAGUCUCCGGUCACGAUGACCGGCCAAAUUCAUUUUUGCUCGGUCACGUAUCGUUUCUGGCCGGUCAAAGGUAUAUGAUGAAUUACUCUUUUAGGGGCCCAUAAACCAAAGUAAAAACUUGCAAGAGGUGACAGGCCGCACAUCUUCACCGGCGUGAAACCUUUGAAACCUUUUAUAUACUGCUCCAUUGAGGAGACUUCUUUCAGGGAUCUUACAGUUUAAAAUUUGAACGAUGAUAUCGCUUCUAUAUAGCGGACCAAGAUACGGCUCGGUACAGUUUAUGUUCAGCAAGGGAAAAUUGUGUAAGUUGAGCAGAACCUUUAAAAUGUUCAACAGACAAUUUAUUCAGUUCGCGCGUUUAAUUCCUGUUGAAUUUGUAGCCCGUUUAUCAGAUAUGUCUACUCAAAAAUAUAAUAAUUUUUCCAUAGCUGCCGUUAUCUUAGAGUAACUGCUUUUCAUAUCUCCGUAAAGAUUAGGUUUACGCGAUCUCAGAGAACAAUGUUUAGCUGUACACAGCACGUAGUACAACCUUUCAUGUUUACAUUACGCACGCGGCCGAUUAACACAUCGAUAAACUUGCGAAGAGUGAAAUAAUUAUUGUAACGUUGCUAUGAAUUAUAGUCCCUUUGCAGUACACUGCUUUUGAUAAUAUUUAUUCCGCUUAAGGAAUUAAUUUAUACGCAGGGACAAAUGUACAACUUGAAAAUUACUAAUAAAAGUGGAAAUAUUUGGUAAUUUUGUGACCGGAAGUGGGCGAAUCCCGAUGUCUGUUUCGAUGCGCGAAUUGUAAACAACGGCUCUAGUUGCAUGUGAGGAGGAAAACAUAUCAAAGUUCCGCAAUCAGCGACUCGAUAAAUAACAACUGAAACAACUGAACAGUAGGAACCUUAAAUUUAUCUCAUUUUUCAAUACGAUUGAAUUUUGACCGGUCAACAUGACCGGCAAGACGAAAGUUUAACCGGUCAAAUCCACAAUCAGUCCGGACAUUGUCCGUUGACCGGCCGUUAUUUCGAGCCCUGGAGUUGUCUUCUUGCUGUUUUUGCCAUGUUUUUACCUAUUUUUUCGCCUAGUUCUUACUCUUGAAACGAGUGAAAUGUCAGCCAUUUUUUCAAGUUCACAACCAAAACAACUCAACCUCGUCCCCAGGUCUUCUCGGUUAACGGUGCCUUAACCUGCGAAAACGCUGCAUUUUUGACGUCAUUUCCUCGUUAAAGUCAAAAUUCUUCCAAAUUUGGUCAUCAGUAACUGGUUAUGGUGAAUUAAACGUGUGCUUUUAGCCAAUCAGAAUCGGGGAAAUAUUUUGAAUGAAUAAUAAGGAUCUUUAAUGAUUAUACAGUGGAAUCCCGAGCUUAGAAAGAUCGUUGUUACAACUAAAGUAUUUGCUUUGUGUUUAUUAUUAUUAUUAUUAUUAUUAUUUUAUAGAGAAAAUUUGGAGUAACUUUUUUCCAUGCAUAGCUUUAUCAGUGUUCGAUGAUUUAUAAGCUGAGUAUUGUGGAAUGCUACAAUUGUAGAUUGAUUUUGGCCGCACAACAGAAGUUACUGCUGUAGCCACUCAAGGUCAUCCAAAAGAGUACAAAUGGAUGAAUGAAUAUGUGCUGCAAUACUCACUUGGAAAACAAUGGCUUACUUAUCAAGAGUCAGGCCGUGAUAAGGUAUUGACAUCUUAGUUAUUCGGCUCGGCUCCCAACAAAAAUAAAUAAUAAAAGUGACAGCGCUAUCAGUCUUUCCAACCAAAUAUCCAGAGAGGGACAGGCCCAGCCUCCAUUCUGAGGUGAGGUUGUAGACACUGUAUUGUCAAGGAGCAACAUGUCGCGCCACUGGCAUAGAAAAUAGAAAACUACCUUUGAUAUGAUUUAUUCUGUGAAAAUGUUAUAUGGUGGUAACGCGAAAGACAAACUCCGAGGGAAUUUAGUGGGGUAGGGGCGGGGGAGGUCAAUUAAAGACAGGUAAACGGGAGGACUACAAGUUUUUCCCUCCCGAUUAAAAGCCUUCAGCACCACAGAUAAUCUAAUAGUCACAAAGUGCUUUUUUUUCUAAUUUCUAAUUUAUAUUCAUUAAAUCUAGGUAUUCCAAGGUAAUAGAAACAGAAACUCCGUGGUUAAACAUUUCAUAAAAGAGCAACUUGUAACCAAGCAACUGAGAAUACUACGCUAUCAAAUCUCACAGGACUCCAGGGGGUCCUCUGUUUGCCUGAGAGCUGAAGUAUACGGAUGCUAUUUUGAUUCUAGUAAGUUUAUCUUAAUAGACCUUUUUACCGAUACGGCGGCCGCAUUGAAUUAAUUCGAUUUAAGGAGUAUUAUAGGAUGCCCAGGGGGUAUGAGCACAUUUUGUUGGUAUUUUCGAGCGCUUUUCGGGACAUUUUUUCUUAAAGUUUUCUUAGAAUAAGAUUGUAAUGGGAAAAAGGAUCCUUGUGCCGUGUUUGGAUGUAAUAAUGAUCGCCGUUUUCUAGUUUAGUAGUAGAAAUAUGGUCUUUCACUGUAUAUUUCUCGGAAAGAAGUCUAUCAUUAUUACAUCGAAACACGGCACAAGGAUCUUUUUCCCCAUUAAAAUCUUAUUCUAAGAAAACUUUAAGAAAAAAUGUCCCGAAAAGCACUCGAAAAUACAAACGAAAUGUGCUCAUGCCCCCUGGGCAUCCUAUAAUACUCCUCAAAUCGAAUUAAUUCAAUAUGGCCGCCGUAUCGGUAAAACGGUCUAUUGAGUAUUACACUUGUAUCACGACAAAUGGAUGCUUUAUGACAUAUCUAACAGCUUUAAUUAUGGCGGACUGAUCGCUGGCGCUACUGAAGUAAGCACAGAGAGUUAUUAUCACGUCCGAGAAUACUCUUGCAGGGAAUGUUACCUCCAAAUAUGAGUUUCUGAUGUUUUAAUGUGAACGGUCCAAAACGAUGCGAAAAGGCUGAUAAGGACGCAGAUCUUUCAUUGCAGUUAUGUUCAUAUUUCCAAAAAACACUUAAGUGUUGACUGCAGCGCGGCCUAAGGUGGCUCCAGAAAAUGUUAUGCCGCAUUAAAAUAAUGGUCCCUUUUUUCUGUUUUGUCACCGGCUGCAGAGGCAUGGGGAACAUGCCCGUGAAAAAAACAAAAGCAACAAACUAAGAGGCAUGAAGCCCGAGCUACAUAAUUUCCACGGUCUAAUCAACACUUUACUUAUGCGCACAGUCAUGUUACACGGUCAUGCAGGUAAGGACCCUGGUGAGAUGGCUGUGUGCAAGGAUAAGAGUUUGCUAGACCGCGGAGAUUGUAAAGUACAUGCUUCUUGCAAUUGUUGCUUUGAAAAGCUGGAACGUGGGCCUUUUAAGCAAGGACUUUCGACACUUGGGCCAUGCUUAACACUAGUCUUUUAGCCAAACUGUUUUCCAGAGUUCUUCCCGCUUUUUCUUGUGCGCGCUUGUUUGUGACCUACCAAUCUCUUACCCGGAGUCCUCGGACUGUUUAGUAAGCGAGUGGUCACCAGGAGAGCCUGGCCUUCUCCUGAGGUCACUGGGUUCGAGAUUGGUGAAGCACUAGAUGAACUUUCAAGACGACACUCUAGCCCCUGGAGAAGAAAAACGAUCUGGUGUCGAACAAGUUUUUUGUUCUUAUCUUUUUUUUAGGCUGUCUUACCGUCGGAUCGGAGGUGUUAGCACGUUGGAAUUCUCUCAAGAAUCCUACGCGCUAUUUUCACGGCUUCAUCGCAAAAAUUCGUAAAACAAGUGUUGACGUGUCCCCCUCGGGUAAACACAACGCACGCGUCGACGAUAUCGUGGAACUUCCCAGAGCUGAGAAACAUUACGUAAUAAAAGACGAAACAUCAAAGGAGAAUGACAUUAAAACAGGAGCAGAAGUCAUUGUGACGUCACAAGAUGGCAUCGGGUUUUCUCGUGGUAAAGUUGAUAGGAUCUUUGGAAGAUCCGUUAAGUGGUACGAAGUUCAACUGGGAGACGGAAAGAACGUCUGGAGAAAGGCAAGCGAGAUGCGGCUUUUGAUAAGUCCCGUAUACUGUGACAGAGAGUGA